UCUAUAUUAAUGUUAUUUGAAGAUAGAAGAAGUUAUCAGUGUCGGUGCUCUCAGUUGCUCCAAGAUUUGACAUGUCGACCGCGGGUCUUGCAACGAUGUGUAAAGCAAUAUUCUUACCGAUAUAUUAACCGGCACGAUACACACCCGGGUUCGGAUAAAAUGUCGAAAAUGAGCUCGAAGGACAAGGACAACAAGACCCUGCACGACAAGUUAAAACAAUUCUUUCGGAUCAACAAAGGGAACUAUAAGAGUCGGGAGGACUUCACGUUGACCCAUGACAUUGAGAAGGAGAUCAGUUCCGAGAGCCCGGUAUAUCACCGCACAAAGGCGAUCAAAGACCUCUGCGAUGCCGUCCUGAAUCAUCAAUGGGAAGAUAGGGCAGCAGAGAAGCUAUGGAAUCUGGUCCAAGAUCUAUUGGGGAGAGAAGUACUGAAGGAACACAGGCAUGUCACGCUUAAUUUUCUCCGAUGCCUCGUCCAGGGCCAGUACACAAAGCUGUCUUCCCUCAUGCGCGUCAAGUUCUUCAUGGUCGUGAAGGAGCACGAGAUUCCUGAAGAUAUCGGCCCUCGAUUGGAACUGCUUCAAAGUCUGACGGAAAAUGGCAAGGACAUUCAACACCUGGAAGAGAGAAUAGGUCCUUUCCUGCUGGACUGGAUGCCCAUCGUAACGGGAGGCGAUGGAAAAAGGGGUGCCGAGUUUUUGUCGCUCCUGGUUAACGUCAUAAAAUUCAAUUCGGCAUACAUUGAUGAGGAUGUAAUUUCUGGCCUUGUACAGUACAUCUGCCAUCUGUGCUACUUCAGCAAUAGUACCGACGUGGUGUCCGGUUGUUUAGAAGUCCUCGAUGCAAUAGUUUGCUACAGUAACCUUCAGUCCGACUCCUUGCAGACCUUUAUCAUUGCACUGUGCAGGAGCGUAAACGUCGAGACUUACUGUCAGAUAAGCUGGAAGAUAAUGAGAAAUCUACUCGGCACCCACAUGGGCCACUCGGCAUUGUAUACAAUGUGUCGAUUGCUCCAGGAUUCCAAUUUCCAACGAGACACCGGCCUGCUGCGAGGUGCGGUUUUCUACGUCAACAUGGGCCUCUGGGGCUCGCAGAGGAUCUCCAAGCUGGAGUGCACUCCGACCUCCGUUCUGCCAUCCUUUUAUCACGUGCUGCAGUGCAAUCACCCGAUAGUGAUGUACGAAGUGACCUUGUCGAUCCAGAGACUAGUGAACAAGUACGGAGUCGAACUCCAGGAACCUACUUGGAGCAUAAUUCUUGACAUAAUAGACGAAGUGAUCGCUCAUACAGAAACCAGCAAUCAACCAGCUACGAAGCAAGUCUCGAUAAGUCUCCAUGAGACGAUCAAUAGCAUAGAGUCUCUGCUCGACUCGGAGCACUACAAUGGAUGUGUUCAGCGAUUCUACGAGCUGGUAGAACGCUGUUCGGACUCGCGUCCAGAGUCAUCCGUGCUGAAGUUAAUAGACUACAGAGCUGGAAUGAUUGGCCCCACCCGUCACCAAUGGCAGUCCAAAUUGGCAACAUUGAUGGAACGUUACUACAAGAACGAAACUCGCACGAACGUUCGCGUUAAGGCUCUGGACGUCCUCACAAACGUCAUCCAGAUAAACAGAUCGAGACACGAGGACGAGCUGAUAGAGCGAAUUGUCGUCCCUUAUCUUCAGCACGUCGACGCAGAUCCCGACAUCACUAUCAGGAACGUAGCCGCUUAUCUUCUGGUAGACCUUUGUCUGGAAUGCGAGACGAAGAGGUGCCUCGAACUCCUGGACAUCCUGGAGAAGAUGGUGAACAAACCCUUCGCCUCGGACACCGCGAUAUCAGUGGACAGCGACAUCAAGGACGUGAAGACGGCCGUUGUGGGGACGAUUAAUAUUCUGACCACGAAGAUGUACCGACUGCCCUCGAGUCAUGCUAUUCGCGCGUACAAGGUGCUCGUCAACCACCUGGAGCAGCACUACAAGGACCCCUCGAUCCUGCACGACGUCUCGACCAUCAGACACCUGAUCUUCGAGUGCUUCCUGAAGAUAAGAGCCAACGCCCUUUAUCACAUCGGGUUCCCGGACGCUGGGAUGAGCUCGGUGACGAGAUUCAGUCCGUACCUGGUCCUGGACCACGGGCCCUCGGAGAGGCUCGGAGGUGGCGGAGGUGGAGGCAGCAGUCCACCCCCUGCUAGCCCCGCACCCUUGCAGCACGUCUCCUGCCAGGUGACUCACAUGUCCCUGGCGCACGCCUGCAAGGCCGUCAUCACCUGCAUCAAGCAGGAAAAGGACUGGAAGGUGCUCAGCCUGAUCCUGAAGGAGAUGCCCCAGGUCAUGCAGAACCGAGCGCUCAUCCUCUCGAGACACAGCAACGACGUCGACCUCCUCGCCUCGGCGCUUUGUUCCAUGGUGAGCGACAAGUCCCUCAGGUUGCCCGAGUCGCUGUACAACGUCCCUCCAAAGUUCACGCCCUCGGAGUUCCGGGUCCACGUGUUCCCCGUGCUGGCCUCCCUGGCCUCUUAUCACGCCCACCUGGAGCCGAAUCUGCAACAGAGGCUUAUCAAGUGCCUGGAGGUCGGCCUCACGGCCAGGUGCGCCAGCCAGUGCGUCACCAGCCUCACGACCUGCACCCUGGAGAUGCGCGACGCCAUGAACAAGCUCCUCUCCGAGGUCCUGUUGAACCUGUCGAAGAUCUCCGCCACGGUUCAUCUCGCCAUCCCGAUCCUCGAGUUCCUCUCCACGCUGACGAGGCUGCCGAAGGUCUUUGCGAGCUUCAUCGGCGACCAGUACAUGUCGGUCUUCGCUAUCCUGCUGCCUUACACCAACCCCUACAAGUACAAUCAUUACACGGUCUCGUUGGCCCACCACGUUAUCGCAGUCUGGUUCCUGAAGUGCCGGCUACCCUUCCGCAGGAACUUCGUCCGCUUCAUCACCCACGGACUGAAGGCAAACGUGAUCGUGCCCUUCAAGGAGGGCUACCUGAUGAAGCAGGACUUCGGCAUCGUUAACGAGGACUCGUCCAGCAGGAAGCGGAGCUCCAGCUUGACCGAGCAGUCUGAUGGUGCUCCUCAGGGUAGCAGGGGUCGCAGGGACAGGCAGAUGAUGACGAACCGGAUGAUCGGCGAGGGCAGGCCUCUGGACCUGAAGCCGAGGAUGGACGAGGCCCUGAUGAACUUCCACAUCGAGCUGACGGAGACGUGCAUCGAUCUCAUGGCACGGUACACCUUCUGCACGUACUCGGCCCUGCCCAGGAGACUCCCGGCCGCGGACUUCCUCCUGAAGGAGGGCCAAUCCAUGACCUGGCUCCUGGGGAACAGGCUCAUCACCGUCACGACCAGCGGAUGCAGCAACAAGGCUAUGCGCAGCGGACUCUGCGACAACUGUUGGUCCGCUUGUAAAGCUGGACCUCCGUCCCCGGAACACCUCAAACCUUCUCAGCCGAACCUGAGGAGGACCUCGAGCGCGGAGGGACCCAAGGAGGAGAGCAAGCUGUCCAGGCAGUCGUCGACGGCGAACACGGCGGCGAAUUCCCCUACCGAGGAGGCUAAGCGAGUUCCUGAGGACGCCGACGUCCUUAGGCGGGAUUAUCCCCAGGACAAGGGCGACAAGGACCCUCCGGCGGAGCCCUCGAAGCUGGAGCAGAUCCUGGGCAGCGAAAAGCAGGAGGAGCACGAGCCCUGUGCCUGCUGGUGCCAGGGCUGGGCCGAGAUCUACGUCAGGAGACCCACCGGGGACAUGUCCUGGAUCAUGAGGAUCCAGAACUCGAUGCAGUUCGAGACGCCCCAGGACUUCCCGGUUCACGACAUCACCGCGCUCUACAUGCCAGCUCCUUAUUCUUCGCCCAACAGGAGCCAGGAAGGACCCUCCGAGUUCUCCGGAGACGACACGGAGCUGGCGAUGACUAAAUGUCGAGUGUCCUUCCAGGACGUGCCCGAGACGAACCCGGAGCACUCCCAGACGGAGCAGCCGACCUACUCGACGAAGUCGGGGACCUCUUCGUCGGUGUCUUCAGGGCCCAUCGCCAUCCCCGGGUCUCCGGCCAGACCCAGUCCUUCUAGGCAGAACUCGAGGGACAGUCUGGAGAGCCUGGAAGAGGGAGAGGAAGAUUUCCCUGCAGACUCCAGGCGCUCCAGGAACCCCGUGAGGAGAUCCAACUCCAGCCCCGAAAUGAGCGCCAACUGGAAGAACCCCUUCCUCAACAAGGAGAAGCUGAACCUCCAGGUAGACCAGGAACCUCUCCCGAGCGAGUCCGAGGGCAAGCUGGACGCGGACCUGAAGAAGCACGCGAAGACUGCCUACUCCAAGGACAUGAGGGUCAGCUGCGAGGCCAUUCCCGAGGAGAUAUCCGGCAUGGGGACCACGCCGCCGUCGUCCGAGCAUCCCGGGGAACAUCCUGGAGCCCUCCGCUCUCAAAGAUCUUAUCCUGGCGCCAGUCAAACCACUCAAACCUCGAGCACCGGCACCAGUAACACGGUACCAGCCUCGCCCACCGCUGCUCACGCUCCUGGGAGCUUCCUGGGGGUGCAAAAUCGAGGCGUCUCCAGCCAAACCGCAGCCAAGCCUCCUCAGUCUCCAACGCAGAUCUACUCCCGGCUCUCCACAGGGGAUCCCUCCCAGAAGCAGACCUCCAAUGUCGAAAGCAAACCGCCUAUUGGCAGGAACCUCCUCGCCGAGAAGACGCUUCAAAAGGACGAGAAGCCGGACCCUGCCAGUCUACCUCCGCUCCUCUUCAGGGACCGCGGCCACACGAUUUCCGUAAUGAGCCCCGUGAAGAAGUCUCGCAGCGAAUGGGACAACAUACGUCGUGGAACUUCGCCUCGAGUCAAGGACCUCCCCCGGACCGGCAUUAACCCCAGCUUCGUGUUCCUCCAGCUGUACCAUACUGCACAUUUCGACACGACGACGGAGAAGCCGCUCCUGGUUACGCAGACGACGGCGGUCCAGAGAGCCGUGAAGGUCCUCGACAAGAUCCCGCCCUACGAGACCCACAAGAUCGGCGUCAUCUACGUAGGACCUGGCCAGGCCUCGAACGAGGUCGAGAUCCUGUCGAAUCAGCACGGCUCCUUGAGGUACACCGAGUUCCUGCAGAGACUGGGCACCCUCAUCAGGCUUAAGGACGUAGACCCCCAGAGCGUCUUCCUGGGCGGGCUGGACCGCAACGGGGAGAACGGCAACUUCGCCUACAUCUGGCAGGACGACGUCAUGCAGGUCAUCUUCCACGUGGCCACCCUGAUGCCGACCAAGGAGAGCGACCCUCAGUGCACCGGGAAGAAGCUCCACAUCGGCAACAACUACGUGCACAUCGUCUACAACGAGAGCGGCGAGCCGUACAAUAUUCAGACCGUUAAGGGUCAGUUUAACUACGCCUGCGUCGUCAUCCAGCCUCUGGACCACGGAACCAACCAGGUGAUCGUCCAGGCGAAGGAGGAGCUGGCCAAGCACAUCGGCCACAGCGAGCCGAAGAUCAUCUCCGACCAGAAUCUCGCCAUCCUUGCUCGCCAGCUCGCCCUCCACGCUAACCUCGCCUCGAUGGUCUCUUCGUCGUUGGAGCAAAAGGCGCACAAUCCUUACGCCUCGAACUGGCUCGAACGUCUUCGGCAUAUUAAACGACUGCGUAGCAAGGUCCUCCAGGACUCCGUCAACAACAAUUCGGACGGGCCGUCCGACGAGCUGUCGCCUCGCUCGAAUAAACAGGACCUGGACGACUUCACCGAGUACACGACCUAAGGGAGAGUCCACCUAAGGCAGCCUGCGAAAUAAAUUACUCAUUCGUUGACGUUUCCUGGGCCUUUCCUUACGAGCUGGCACUCCUACUCUCUUCUCGCCAUGGAUUUAAGGAGGAAUUGACAUAGCUUUUCCAUUUAUUCAAUUUAUUACGGCCCUAGUAACCGUGAGUAGGUUAUCUUGAAUUAUGAUAUCGAGGCGGGGAAAUUAAUUCAAGAUAAGCUGCUAGAUCGUUAAAAGAAAUACGGAAAGUCUGUCGCGCUGCGAGUUGUAAGAUUCGAAUUUCGCGGCUUACCGCGCCUGUCGCCAUCUGUCAGUGGCCGCCGGAACCCUCUCGAACGUCGAUUAUCGACCUCGCGUCCGGAGAUAAACUCAGGUUUCUGUCUCGGAUCGAACAAUCCUCAUAAAUAUCUCUCAGGAUGUUUAAACUCGCGGCAAUUUGUGAUAACUAUGAAGGGCUUGCUUAAACUCCUGCUUGUGAUACGACGAUUAGAGUCCGCGUUUCCUAUUGUAACCCCUGUAAUGUCCUUAGAAAUAAAUCGUUAAAAUUA